AUGUUUAAAUCUAUUUUGGGAAAGGGAUUAAUGUACCGUACAUAUGGCAGUAAUGCCAAUAAAGUUUAUUCUUUUGAUCAAUUUAAAAGUUUGGUUCAGAAUCCGUCUUCAAGAGUUGUAUUAGUGGAUGUUAGGGAACCAUCUGAAUUAGCCGAUUAUAAAUUACCACAUGCUAUUAAUAUUCCUUAUAAGACGAAACCUGAUGCAUUAUCAUUAAGUGGAUCUCAAUUUAAGGUUAAUAUGGGAUUUGAAAAACCUUCAAAGGAUAAAGAAUUAGUAUUCUUUUGCGCUAAAGGUAUCAGAGCUGCAGCUGCUAAGGAUAUUGCCAGUAAGAAUGGUUACCCAAAUACUGCAGUAUACCCAGGGUCUAUGACAGAAUGGUUAGCCAAUGGUGGACGUGAUAUUAAAUAA